GAAGACUUUUAUAACAGAGAAAAUGGCUUCUUGAGACAAACAUCACUUAGACGUAUCCGAGAUAGAGAACCAGGGAAGAAUAACAACGGAUUGAAAGAGCUGGACUUGGCCCGUUCCCCCGACAUCACCCUGACAGGCAAUGGAAAACAAAGAGAGUGCAGAGCAGGGGGCCAGCGAGCAGUCAGAGGCACAGCGUCGCCGCCAGCUUGACCGGCUGGACCGAGAAGAGGCCUUCUACCAGUUUGUGAACGGCCUGAGUGAUGAAGACUACCGCCUAAUGAGGGAUAAUAAUUUGUUAGGAAAUCCUGGUGAAACCACUGAAGAGGAACUCUUGAGUCGACUUCAGCAAGUCAAAGAUGGACCCGAAAAUCCAAAUAACUCUGAAGGCAGAAAUUUGGAGGCCACUGGACCAGAUGUUCCUGAGGAGGGUUCUAAUGGAGACUCCCUUCUUGAUUGGUUGAACACUGUUAGGCGGACAGGCAACACAACUCGGAGUGGGCACCGGGGCAACCAGUCUUGGAGAGCUGUGAGCAGGACCAACCCCAGCAGCGGUGACUUCCGCUUUAGCCUCGAGAUAAAUGUCAAUCGUAACAUUACUGAGCAGCAGCCACCGACUAAUGAUGGAGAACAGCCCAGUGGGGAGACAGAGGGGUCCAGUAGGCUUGGGACAGAGCCAGAGACACCCAUGGAAACGACACAGGUGGUGGAGGAGCCAGUGGUUGAGGAUCUGGCUGUUAUUGUGGAGCCGGAACAGCCUGAACCUGACAGUCCUCCUGUUGCCAGACCUUCCAGCCCUUUGGUCCCAGCCCCCAAUCCCCCAAGUCCUCGGGUGGAGGAGACACCCCGCAGGGGUCAAAGGAGAGCCAGAAGCCGCAGCCCAGAUCUUCGACGGACCAGAAUGCGAAGUGAGAGGAGCCGCUCUCCACUGAACCUGGACCGGCUGGACGGUCUGACCCCCGCUGUCCACCAGCCACCCUUACACAGCCCCACCCCCAUCUUGGAUGCACCAGCGGAGGGCAGUUCUAGGACUCGACAUCAUGUGGUUUUUCGCCACAGUGCCUCCGAGUUGGACUCCCAGUCGAGAGCAGCUGCCGAACUGGCUCCACCCUCCCAAGAAGCUGAUAACGGCGGAAGCGCGGGAGGAGCAGCUGGCAGAAGGCCCCCCACCAUCAUGUUGGACCUGCAGGUACGAAGGGUGCGACCUGGCGAAUACCGCACAAGGGACAGCAUAGCCAACCGCACACGUUCUCGUUCGCAGACCUCCAACAACACCUUCCUGUACGAGAGUGAGCAAGGUGGUUUUCGACGGACUUUCUCACGCUCGGAGCGGGCUGGCGUGCGCACCUAUGUCAGCACUAUCCGCAUCCCCAUCCGUCGCAUCUCAGAUGCUGGUCUGAGCGAGGCCACCUCCAUGGCUCUGCAAUCCAUGAUCCGGCAGAUUAUGACAGGCUUCAGUGAGCUCAGCUACUUCAUGGAUUCUGACUCUGAGGCUCUGGACUCCAGCCGGGGCUCUGGACAGCCUCCCGAGCAAGCUGAGGGGCAGGCGGCUCCAGCUUCCCCAACAGAGCCCUCUGUCGGCCCUGGCACAGGCUCGAGCCAGGACGUUGCUGCUCCACGGACAGAGGAAAGGUCUGGGGUGGGUGGCCGGGCAGGGCCACGGGGGCCUGUCAGUUUCGAAGAGUCUGGCUCCUUGCCCUUCCUCCGGCUAGCUCACUUCUUCCUGCUCAAUGAUGAUGAUGAGGAGCAGCCACGGGGCCUCACCAAGGAGCAGAUCGACAACCUGGCCACCCGCAACUUUGGGGAGAACGAUGCCCUGAAGACAUGCAGCGUGUGCAUCACCGAAUACGCAGAGGGCCACAAGCUGCGCAAGCUGCCCUGCUCCCACGAGUACCAUGUCCACUGCAUCGACCGCUGGCUCUCUGAGAACUCCACCUGCCCCAUCUGCCGCAGGGCUGUGCUCUCCAGCCGGGAGAGGGAGAGCGUAGUGUAGUCUGCAGCUGAAGUUUUGGAAACCAAGACAGGUUGGGGAGGUGUGGCUGCCAUUCCCAGUGCUUUAUGCCUUUUGCUUUUAUGACAGCAUCUUCGGUGGUAUGUUUUCAGACGAGGAUUUAAGUCAUUUAGCCAUUAUUACUAAUUUCAGGAAUCAGUAUUUUAAAAACCAUCAUCAAGUUUUAGCAGUUGUCCAGGUGGCGUAAAAUAAAGGGCAAAGCUUGGCCUGCUCAUCGGUUCCUUCCAUCUAUAAGGCUAAGGUAUGAAAAAGCUGAAGUGUCUGAGAAGGGCAUCAAAGAAAAACUAUUUCCCUAACAGAACAAAAAGUUCAGCCUUCAUGCCUGUGUUCCCUGUCAGUUUUUUUUUUUUUUUUUUUUUUUUUUUUUUUUUUUUUUUUUUUU